UCAAGGGCUGCCUAGAAACGGAAUGAGGAAUGACUGGAAAUGGACUAAGGUUGACCACACAGGCGGUUCCAACAACCUGCCUCUAUUCUUGUCUUUUAUUAUUCAGCGAAUCUGAAAAUGGAUUUGUAUUAAUUAACGUGUGUGUGAUCCUACUAUGCUGUAGAAGGCUGGGGUACUAGCCCGCCCAAGCUUCUCAGGGCUGAACUGUCCCCACCUAAUCCAUGGACUUUCAAUCUACAGUAUUCUACUAAUCAGCCACUCCAAGCCGACUUGGCCCCGAGGCAUACUUAUACCAGUCUAUCAUUUCCAUUAAAGACACCAAACAAUUCGACAUCAACAAACAUACGCUCUCAUGGAGACAACUUCUACCUCGAAGCCGAAGCGGAAAGCGAAUGCGUCAGUGGACAUGGAGCCGGCAACGAAACCGAAGAAGGUCUACAGUGAGACUCGGAAGAAGCAGAACAGAAUAGCUUCGAGAAAUUACCGAGAAAAACGAAAGCAGAAGCUGCAGUACCUCCAACAGCUUCUAGAGGACGGCCCCAGAGCACGACAAAAUCUGUCAAUAUCGUCGGAAUCAAAUGACGAGGAGCGUUCGAGAUCAUUAUCAGUAGAAUGUCUAGCAUCUUCGGCGGCUGGUACUCCAACAUCUUUACCGGAUGGAAGCGACUACGAUUAUCACGAUACAAUCAACAUCAAUCCUACAAUACCUACUUCGAAUCACUCUUACAGCAACCACCUCUCGGAAACGCAGUCCUAUCAAUACUCAGAAAGCUCCUGGUACGAGCCCUCUUAUGAUACUGAAGUUCACUUCAAUCCAGCGUGGACAUCGCCACACUGGGCACCGAACACGACAUACACGGUACCACUUGAACCAACGAUGGUGACGCAAGAAUAUCAAUAUCCCAUGGGGCAACUCGUACACGGAUAUGGGUCGUCCUCAAUACCGUCACUUCAACACCAAGGAACCACUCUUGACACAAAUGUGCACUUCAAAAGCUACUAUACCCACGGGGACCGCAUUUCUGGCCAGUCACUCUCUGCACAAGAUUACGGCCAGGAUUACGUCUCUACCAAUUCAGUCUUCAUCUGAGAUUGGCUUACGAAUUCCGCAUCGUCGGACUAAAGACACAGCCGGCGAUAUGAUA